AUUGCUCAGCAAGUCAUGAACCAGUCUUCAUCCCCAUAGCUUUCUAUUGCAGUGAAAGGCAGCAACCUGCAAUUCAGCAGUAGCUUCAGAGCUAAUAUACUGUCUACCAUUUCUGCAGAUCAGUGAAUACUGUCUGUUCUACAAAAUGAGCAACAACCAUCCACUCCGCCCCUAUACUGCUGUGGGAGAAAUUGAUCAUGUGCAUAUCUUGUCUGAAAAUAUUGGUGCCUUGUUAAAUGGGGAAGAAUAUGGCGAUGUCACAUUUAUAGUGGAAAAGACACGUUUUCCAGCCCACAGAGUGAUUCUAGCUGCCAGGUGCCACUAUUUUCGAGCAUUAUUAUAUGGUGGAAUGCGAGAGUCUCAGCCUGAAGCAGAAAUCCCUCUCCAAGAUACCACUGCGGAGGCAUUUACCAUGUUACUUAAAUACAUCUACACAGGACGGGCGACGCUGACAGAUGAGAAGGAGGAAGUGCUGCUGGACUUCCUAAGCCUGGCUCAUAAAUAUGGAUUUCCUGAACUGGAGGAUUCAACCUCUGAGUAUCUCUGCACCAUACUUAACAUUCAGAAUGUCUGCAUGACUUUUGAUGUUGCUAGUCUCUACUUGCUUCCAAAGCUCACAUGUAUGUGCUGUAUGUUUAUGGACAGAAAUGCUCAGGAGGUACUUUCCAGUGAAGGUUUCCUCUCUCUUUCUAAGGCAGCACUUCUCAAUAUCGUAUUAAGAGAUUCAUUUGCGGCUCCUGAAAAGGAUAUUUUUCAAGCCUUGUUGAAUUGGUGUAAGCACAAUCCAAAAGAGGAUCAUGCUGAAAUCAUGCAGGCAGUUCGCUUGCCCCUGAUGAGUCUCACUGAGCUCUUGAAUGUUGUUAGACCUUCUACAUUAUUGUCUCCUGAUGCCAUCUUGGAUGCAAUUAAAGUGCGCUCAGAAAGUCGGGAUAUGGAUCUCAAUUAUCGGGGCAUGCUCAUACCAGAAGAGAACAUUGCAACUAUGAAGUAUGGAGCCCAGGUAGUGAAAGGGGAGCUGAAAUCCGCCUUACUUGAUGGUGAUACACAAAAUUAUGAUUUGGAUCAUGGAUUUUCUAGGCAUCCAAUUGAUGAUGACUGCCGUUCUGGCAUCGAGAUUAAAUUAGGUCAGCCAUCAAUUAUCAAUCAUAUACGAAUACUCCUGUGGGAUCGUGAUAGUCGGUCUUAUUCCUACUACAUUGAAGUGUCCAUGGAUGAACUAGAUUGGAUCAGAGUAAUCGAUCACUCAAAAUACCUCUGUCGUUCUUGGCAAAAGCUGUAUUUUCCUGCCCGGGUCUGCAGGUAUCAAGACCAUAUUUGUAUCAGAGAAGUAAUUUGGUAUGUUCGAAUAGUUGGUACACACAACACAGUGAACAAAGUUUUCCACCUUGUGGCUUUUGAAUGUAUGUUUACAAACAAAACCUUUACUCUUGAGAAGGGUCUGAUAGUUCCCAUGGAGAAUGUUGCAACAAUUGCUGAUUGUGCUAGUGUGAUUGAGGGCGUGAGUCGCAGUCGCAAUGCCUUGUUGAAUGGUGACACCAAGAAUUAUGAUUGGGAUUCUGGAUAUACCUGUCACCAACUAGGAAGUGGUGCCAUUGUGGUUCAGCUGGCACAACCAUAUAUGAUUGGGUCAAUACGGUUAUUACUUUGGGACUGUGAUGAUCGAAGCUACAGCUACUACAUUGAAGUUUCCACCAAUCAACAGCAGUGGACCAUGGUAGCAGACAAAACUAAACUGCCCUGCAAAUCCUGGCAAUCAAUAACUUUUGAUAAACAGCCUGCAUCCUUUAUCCGAAUAGUUGGAACACACAACACAGCAAAUGAGGUAUUCCACUGUGUACACUUUGAAUGUCCAGAGCAGAGCAGCACCCACAAGGAGGAGAGCAAGGAGGAAACCACCGCACCACAGGCACCAGCAGGGGCGGCUGCAGGGGUGGCAGGAGCGGCGGCUGCAGCCGCGACGGCAGCGACGGCCUCAACGGCGGCAGCAACAGCUUCAACGGCAGCAGCGACGGCCUCGACGGCAGCGACGACCUCGACGGCGGCCGCAGCAGCAUCAGGAGAAGAAGAGAGCCCUGGGGGGCAGCAGCUGGUCCCUUACCCACAUCGACCCUCCAGCAACAAUUCAAACCAGUCCCUCCCAGGACCCACUUCUCGAUCACCUGUUCAACCCCAAUAAAAGAUGAAGACAAAGGAUGGAUGCAGUGACUUGGUUUGGGCCCAAAUGACACUAGGAAGUCUUUGUCCUUAUUGGACAGGAAUUGUUAUGGGACUUUUUCCCUAUUGCUGCUGUUUCCAAAGGGGAGUAGGCCUGCCUGAAGAUACAGAAAUAGAACAGGUUUUCUCCCAAGGACAGAAGGGGGGGCUGCUUUGCUUGCCUCAAUUUGUUCAAAUCAGGCUGGUCUCCAGGGGGAGAAAAUGGGUCUUCAAUCUUCAUCAAGUCCACCAUUAACACCCUACCUCUCUAAUCUAACCCAGGCAAAGGGAACGAAGGGAAAUAAUAGACAGACUCAUGUUGGAAUACAAAAAUGCCAUAUGAACACUAGACUGGGGAGAGAAUACAUUAAGGCAUUUAUUACCUGGAGGCACCCUUUAGGAAAUGGGUUUUUGGUGGGAGUGUUUAUUUUUAUGGAACACAUUGCCCUGGCAACUAAAUGAUUUUUAUUUCUUUUAGUUAUUCUCAAUUUGCUGAAUCAUAGGUGUUCCAGAUCUCUUUGAAAAGCUCAGAUGGUAAUUUUUUUCAUAAGUCCCUUUUGAGGCAGUAAUUCCCCUCCCUUAUAUCUGAACGGUUAUGCAUAGGGUAAAGUAGGAAAAUAUCAAGCAUGUCUUUGAAAUGAGGCCCAGAUGUAGCUGAUUGCAACACCUGGUCUGGCAAGGAGGCUCCUUCAAGGAGGUAUAACAAAAUACACAAUGAGGAAGCCAAUCUUUGGACACCGUAGUUAAUAAUCACUUGAAUUGCAGAGUUAUUAACCUGUCAUUCCUGAAAUGUAUCUGGAGCAACUGUGUGCUUUUUUUCAACUUUGGGAUUCUGACACAUAAACAGUCCCAGCACCUGCUGAUUUAAUGGAAAAUAUGCAUGUGUGCGUAUCUAUAUCUCUAGGUGUAGAUAGAUGGAUGGAAAUCUGUGGUCUGUUCUGGUCAGGUUGAAGUUUCUGCAGUAAUCUGUACAGGUUCAGGGCUUCCUGUUUUUGUUUGCACUCCUGCUAAUAAUGGACAUUAGGAAUACAAAACUGGGAUUUUGCAAUUAAGGUCUCUCUUUUUUUUUUCCCGAGUGUUUUUGUGGACUACAAUACUCAACUGGGGAUUUAAAGAGUCUGUUAGAAGAAGCUUUCUUCCUAAUCUUCAUAAAAAUGAUCUCAUUUGACUAUUGUAGCCCUACCAAGCUGUAGCUUGGUCUUGUCUCUCGCUUCACAACUCUACCUUCAGUGUUAACUGUCCUUUGUAACUUGAUCAGAUUAUUGUCUGCUUUCCGUUUAUCUGGAGAGCUUCCUGCCAUGUUCACAGUUAUCAUCAGCUCCCUCUCCAGCCCCAAGUGCUGUUCUCAGAGAGCUCCAAGUUUGCUCUGUUUGGCGGGUAGGAGAGGGUAGAGGGGGAGGGCACUGAAGAGGGGGAUGCUAGUGCUUCUGGGAAGCUUGAGAAAACCUGCUGUCUCUUCAAGUAUUGGACUUAGGGGACAUCAGCAAAUUCCUGGACCUGGCUCAGAAAAAAGUGGUUUGCUUUGGUUUGGGUCUUUUUCUUUUUCUGGCAUCUGAAAAACAUUGCUUGGAAUAUAGAAAGAUCAAGCAGGUCAGCUAAUUAAAUAUGCUUUUUCUUCUUAUUUAAUUUCAUGUUGAAUGAUAUAUCAAUAUUGAAAUAGUAGGAUAGCAUCAAACUGCAUGAUUAAGUGGAAAGAUUUUCCUUCUCUUUGAACAUAGUUCAACCCAGAGCAGAGAUAUGCCAAGGCAAGAAGAGGUAGCAUGGAGGGAUGGGAGGAGGAGGUGGAGGAGCAAAGGUAUGAGAGACUUGAAAAAGGCCAGAAAUUUGUCUGAGGCCGCCUUCCAGACGCUAGCUGGGCCAUUGCUAGUGAGGACUGGAUCCUCCUUGGCCCACUUUCUGCUCCUGAGGGUUUUGCUGUCUUCUUUUUGCCCAUUUUCCCACUCUUUGAAUCAUAGACAUCCCCACACAGAUGGAGAGUGUUUAUUCAGGAGUGUGACUCUCCUUAACAAGUCCUUUUGUCCGCUCCUCCCAUAGUGGGUGGCAGUCUUCUGGGAUUUGGAUGCUAUUUGUUUCAUCGAGUAACCUGUAAUCUCUAGUUGCUAACAUGAAGAAUUCUUGUCUGCUCAGCACUUUCCUGGGCUUCAGAUAGCCUGGGCAUCAUAGAGCCAAGCUCCUGGAUGGGGAAACCAAAUUAGCCAGCUUAGUCAUUUUAUAGGAUAGAAUUAAGAUUUUCAGAAAUUGCUGAGGCAGAAGUUUCAUUUUGAACAUUAAAGACAAGUACCUGGCUUUGAUUUUCUCACUAGUCCCUCCCUCUCUAUGGAUUUGAGAAAUAUCACCUUCCUGGCCACAUCCACCUUCCCUUACACUGCCUGCCUUUCCAUAACCAUUACUCAAGUAUUUAUGGAAGAAGUUUCCUGCUGCCCAUGCAAAUACCCUGGCCAAGUUGCACGUCUGGAAAUAAAGUAGAACAAGUGAGCUUCAAAACCCAAAGAGUCAAUCGCUGCAGCCACUUCACCUUGGGACCCUAGUGACCCAUUCUUCCCCAUAUGUUGACGUCUUCCAGCUUUCUCCUUCUUCGCUGGACUGUACAGAAGCCAUCCUGAGGAUGGACAGAGCUUAGUGUCUCCUCCCUUGCCAGCUGCCCAGCUAUUUACAUAGUAGGUACUUAACUAAAGAUGCUUACUGCCCGGUUCACUCUUGAACUGUGAAAAAGGAAGGAAUGUUCAUCCGACUGAAGCGACGCAGCCAAGUUUUCCACUUUGCCCUCCAGAUACAGCCUGGCUCUGGUCUCCACCUAAGGGGAGUUUGAAUAUCUUGGUUUGAACCCAUUCACUGGACAGUGAAGUGUUGCUGAGGGCCAUUCUUAGCUACGAAGAUGUUUUAUCACCGUUCUGUUUCUUCAAGAAUACAAGAUACGGAGAGGUAUAGAGAAACGUCUGUGACCUCCCAGAGCCAUGAGAUCUUGAUGAGCCCCAUUUCAAGAUGCAUCAUCCUGGAGAAUGAAGUGGAAAGAACACCCAGCCCUUAAGAAAGGCUUAAAGAGGAAGAGGGAGUCCCAUCAAAGGAACCUGGAAAAGGGCCUGAGGAACUUACCGAGUGUUGAAACUCAGGUGGCAGAUUCAGCACCCGUGAUGUGUGUGUCUGCAGGGCAGUAAGGCAGAAGCCUUGCCAAGUACUCACCCCCGACUGACUUCUCUCCUCACUGGAGCUAUGAACUCCAAGAAUGAACUGAUCCACCAGAACAAAAAAAGAAGGGGAUCUAGGGAUGGGAGGGAAGACUGGGACAUUCUAGGAGGGGGUGCUGUGAAGCAGCGAAAACAUGAGCAAUGCCUGAAGUGGGGGCCCAGCGGAGAAAGACCGAGAGGGGAGGAAGGAGAUGUGGUGCCUUAGCUGGGCGGCAGGUGACAAGAAGGGUGGAAGUGUCAUGAGAUGGGGUCAGUGCUGAUGCUAACUGUCAAGGAGGAAUGACCAGCUGUACAGAGGUGAGAAGAGCAGUUUGACCUGGAUGAGGAAAAGGCAUGCUGGGCCUGUGCCUGGCCCUGCCCCUUCUAAGAGUCCCCUCCAAUGCCCCUGGCUCAUAGCCAGCUGUUAACCAGCAAGGAGGCAAGAGGGCUGCAUCGCCAGCGGUUAUUUAUAGGGUUUUUGUUUGGGGUAAAUGUUUCUCUUUUGUUGGGAUGACAUUGCUUGUUGACACAGGCCGAUCUUCACUGGAGAAACUGCAGAAGUCUGAGCAGAUGUGGGUGGUUUUGUCUUCCUUCCCCGCUCUCUUGUCCUUCAUUUUGGCUUCUUAUUUUUCUGAAGGCAGGGGGGAAUAUAUUGCAGGGCGGAAUAUAUUGCAGGGCUUUGGAGUUAUAGCACCAGAAUUCACAUGUCUAAGGGCAACUGAGAACAGGCCAGGCCCUGGGAGAAGGGACAUCUGUAGAUGCCUCUGAGAGUACAAAUGGGGCUUUGGCUUAGCCCAGGCCAUCUGUGGCUGGGUCAAGACACCAGAGGUCCUGGGCCCUUUCCAGGUCUUAGGGCUGGGAACAGUUUUAUUUUAGGGACAUUGAUUUACACUUAAGUGGAAGGAGGUUUGUUGCCUAGCACUUCAAACUUAAAAUAGCAAUAAUAAUCCAAUCUUUGAUCUUUCCUUUCUGCCAACCCCUUGCCCCUUUUUCUCCACAUCUCAUGCUUCAAUACUCAUUUCCUUCAUCUAAAUUUUUGCUCAAAACAUUAUUAGUUGGUAUGUGAAAUUCAUCUAUUUCUCUUAAAAGUGUCACUCCUUGCUCUCCUCAGCUCCCCCAUUAAAUGAAUUGUUGAUCCCUAACAAA